UAGACUGAUUCUCAUUUAUGGAUGUAAUAGUGUAGCUGGUUUGUAUGUAAAUUGAGUCUUGCUGAAAAUUAUAUGGGGCUUGUAUGAUUUAGUUUUGUAUGAGAUGAUACUUUAGCUUGUUAUGGCUGAGUAGAUAAUUUAAUCUCUGCCAAAUUAGCUUCACCCUACUCCUGUAACACUGAAUAGAAAAUAGUUAGGGGAACAAUCUGAAGAAGAUCAAAAGCACCGUUUAAAAACAUUGAUGUGAAAGACAAAAAAAAAUCCCCGUUAAAGAAGGGGGGGGUCAGAAGGAAAGUUUGCUCUAGUUUGAGAGGUGGAGAGAACUGUUCUGUUGGGUGUGCCAUUUGCAUUCCUUGGAGAUCACCAGUCAGACGAGCUGUUGCCACUUCAGUGUAGGCUAGCCAUGUCCUUUCCUGUGAUUGGUUACAGCUGUCACCUUAAAAGGAGGGGAUUGCAGGGGUCCAGCUGCAUUCCAGAACUGUCACGAAGGCUUGACAGCUAAAGGAAGCCCUGGGGGAAUAACAUGUGUAGAACUAUAGAAAAGUAAGAUUAAGACAGUGAGAAAGAACCAUAUAUAAAGGAGACAAAAGUACACAAUGAGUUUAUACAGUCAGGUCCAUAAUUAUUGCCAUUCUUGAUAAAGGAGCAAAAAAAGACUAUAAAAUAAAUAAGACAGAUACUGAGCUAUAUUGUAUAUGCAUUUUACACUAAUACAACUUCUCAUUUAAAGAGACUUUGUUCAAGUUUUACACUACACAUUGAUUCAAACUCAUCAAGCUUUGAUUAUUUGAAUCAACGUUUCACACAUUUUGGCAGACAGGAAUUCCAUUUAUAUCUUCUAAUCUCUGAAUAAUAUAAUUUCCCACAAAAAAAAUGUAAUGAUAAACUAGGAGCGCUUCAUAUUCCUGAUUCAAACUACAAUGACGAUUCCUCUUGACUUUUCCCAUUCAAACUCAAAUUGUGGAACUGACUCUGAAGAUACUGGAUAAUUGCGUGAGUGUCAAAUGCCCUGUAGUCUGUCCCUUUAAAUGCUCCCAAAUCUUUAGCUCGGCAAUCAGUAGUUCUGUCAUCCUCAGGGACGGACCCGAUGUUACUGGUAGUGAGCGUGUCUGGGUGCUCCACUAUUCUGUGCUAAACUUAGCUCUGGCAAUACCUCUCAUCACACUAACGUGCUUUUGGGUUACAAUGGAACCGGUGAAUGGUGUAGAGUUACCACCAAUGGAGCUGGAUUGCGAUUGGAACACUGGCCGAACAAGAUAGAAAUUCUUAGCUUCUGGAGCUCUUUUCUCUCUUUCAUUCUGUUACUCUACAUAUCACCUUGGCGUUCUUCUGUGUCACCAUGGGCAACUAUAGCUCUGCCCUCACCGCGGACAUUGAAGAUUUUGAUGCUGUCGUUUCGGUCACUGAGACGCUGAAUCAAUUGGCAGCACACGUGGAAGACGAAAGGUUUCAGUCACAGAUUCUGUCAUUGGCUGCUCAGUCUAACCCUGACUUACAGGAAGACGUACAGGUGGCCCCUACACAGGAGGGAGAGGCGAAAGAGGAGCUGGACCUCUCCUCUGUCAUAUCCCACAUCGGCACCCAGACAGCACCUAUAAACACCACUGUUUUACCUGUGAUUGAAAAGAAGCCUCACCGCCCUCCAAGGCACACAAGGCUCUCCUCUUCAUCAUCCACUGUUGCCAGUGUUCCCCACCCCUUCUCCACCCUCCUCCCUGGGGCUCUCUCUGCUAUCCUGCGUGUGACCCUGCCCCCUCACCUCACCUCUAACACCAAGCCCAGGAGGGAGCCAAGUGCCCAGGGCCCACUGACCCUAGAACAGCUACAGACAGAGCUCCGGGACCUGAGGGACGAGGUAGAAAUGAUGAAGAGCCAGCACAACAAAGAGAUUCAACUGCUGAUGAAUGAGUUGGAUGAGGAGAAAAGGAUUCGUUUGUCAGUACAGAUGGAGGUGGCACAGAUGAAGAAGCACAAGUCCAAAUGAGCUGUCGGGCUCAAACAGCAUGACAUCCCCAACAAAGUUUGAACAGGCGGUAAUCCGUCUCAGCCUCUGUUUUGGUUUAAAGACUAUCAAUUGUUUGACCAGUUUGUUGUGAUCCGUUGGACAGGUGAUUGGAAAGAAGCCUCACCACCCUCCAAGGCACACAAAAUGAAUUAUCAAUGAUUUAUGAAACUCAACAAACUAUAUAGUGAUUGUUGAGAAGUUUAACUCAUGAGCAUCUUGUACAGAGACCUUUUUAUAUUUGCUUAUUUAACUUUUUUUAAAUAAAAUUAAAACCAAUCAUG